UAGCGUUCUCUUCUCUCAUGUUUUUCUUAUCGAAUUUGGCCUAUUAUACUGCUUCGAUUUGAACGCUAAGUUCUCUUUCAAAAAAAUUUAAAAUUAAAAAAACAUUAUAAAUUAUGCACAAUGUAAUUAUUCCCAACAAUCCCUCAAUGCAACUUUACUGCCCAUUGAUAGCAUACACCCACCUCGAGCUGCUUUGCGAUGGAGUCUAUAGGGCUGAUCUAUAUUACAAAUACAAGGACGUGCUAACUUUCGUAAAUGAGCCUUAUAAGAUCUGCUACUACAACCAGGAUUGGCAUUAUUUACUCUUUGUGAGCUUCAACGACUCGAACAUCACGAUCCAGCUGGCCGAUGAACUCGAUUUCUUUUGUGGAGUCAGUAAAUCGCCUUUGAUAGUGUUUGGCACCCAGUUUUUCUGCCACAAGAACUUAAUGAGCUACGUGAAUGACUUGUUAUACGAGUGCACCAAUCCAAGAGCUCUGCGCUUCUUCAAUUUGGAGUGGAAGGGAAAGGCUACAAUUGAUUAUGGUGCAAAAUUGAAGGCAAAAAACGGGUCUGCUACGGGAAUCUCUGAUUUUGAAACCCUUCUGGCCUGCCUGGUAUGCGUCUUGCUUCAAAGACUAGAAGUGCUGUCAACCAAUAAUUUCGAAAUUCAAGUAAUCUAUAGUUUGAAGCAAAAUGCGGUUGUGCUCCAUGUUCGUACUCCUCUACAUAGUUCCUAAGCUGGAGAAUCCCAAGAACGGAUGUGACUCUACAGAAGUGUUGGGAAUGAAAGGAUCCUCAGCUCCACUAACCACGCAAUCAACUAUCUCCCAAGGGCGCCAGAAUAAAGAGCUGUUUCGCACACUGUUCAAAAUUUGUCCCAAGUGAAUUUGUGCCCAUAUCUAACAAUAAAAUUUAGGAAAUACAAUAAAUAUUCCAUUUGCGA